AAACCAAUAUUGAAUAACGUACAAAGACUACUGUAGGCGUUAUUCUUGUACGUCAACGUACAAAAAUAAUUAUAGAUUUAAUUUAUGUUAGUCCUUUUUCUAAAAUUUUAUGAUAUUCUGUAUAUAAAAGAACUUUUAAGGUUACCAUACGAGGUGCACCAAAGACUACUGUAGCCGUUAUCCUUGUCACAUAAUUAUUUAUGAUAUGAUUAUGAGGCAGAUGUUAUCUGUCCUAAAUUUUUGUGAGACUUAUGAGUGACCAACAAGAAACACUAUGGACUGCUUUAAUGGAUGAAUCAGAGAUUUUUCCUGUGCCAACAUCAGAUGAUAUUCCAACGCAUAGUACUCCAGUUAAGGUUUUUACUAACAUGAACAACAUGAUGGAUGUCACAUGUAUAGCAAGAUCAGCUUACCCUUUGGGAUCUGUAGCACCUGAGAUCACUCCAGUUUUUGUUCAUUCUAUUCCACCAUUUACGACAAAGAGUAGAUCUCAUUCCAAAAAAGUAUUAAGUGUUCCUCCACAAGGUUUAUCUCAUCCAUCAACCUCAGCACCUUCAACUCUUUCACUCAAACACUAUAAUGAGGCACAUUCUCUUAAAGAUUAUGAAUAUAAAUAUGGAUCAUGGGACAUAGAUAAAACACCAAAGACCAAUGAUGUACCUAAAGAGGACAAUAAAUAUGUACAAAUAUUCCAGGAUGUUUCUAAAGAGGAAAAGAAAUAUGUACAAAUAUUAAAGGAUGAUAAUCUUAUCUCAUUACCUAAUCAAUUAGAAAAUAUGAGACAUGAAAAUCAGCAUUCAGAAAACUCUAAACAUCUUGGUUUACAUAAACAUGAUAAAUCAGGUUCAAACACGGGAACCAGAAAUCAUUCUAAUCACAACCAUAGCCGAUCACUUAAUCCAAUCAGUUCACUAUCAACUAACAACCAAUCCUCUAAGGUACCUGAGGGUGUAGAUGAUUCUUUUCAUGGUCUGUUUAAUAAACAUUCUCAACAUUCUGCAAACCAUGUGAAGGAGUUGUUUAAUUCUGAACCAAAAGACAAAAAAGAGGACAAUUCUAAGAGAGAACACACUAUUCAUACUGGGUCAUUCAGAGUUCAGACUGACAGUGUAAAGGAAGUUGUUGAUAACAAUGACAAUGCUCCUGGAAGUCCAAGGGGUUACUUUCGACAUGGUAAUGGAAAGCUGACCGAACAGUUCUCUCUGAAGGGAAACAGUUCAAGUAUGGAUACAUCAACUAUAAAUAAGCAAAGACGUGAGAUUCAGAUGCUGGUUGGUGAGUUGAGAGAUCGUGAUCGUGAGCUUAAUGAGAUGACACAAGCACAUCAGCAUCAGUUACAGGCAUGGGAACAGGACAGACAUAGGCUAUUAGCACUUGAAGAAAAAUGUCAUCAAUAUCAAGAGGAGGUAAAGCACAGAACUAAACAGUUAAGACAAGCCAUUGCACAGCUAAGGUCAAUGAGAAAUGAAACUACAUCACAAAACUCAACAUUGGAGACAACACAAGAUCAACUGAAUAGAAUUACAGAGGAAAAUUCUAGACAGGUCACAUAUUUGCAGGAUUUAAAGGAUGAAAAUACAAGAUUAAGAAGUGUAUUAAAAGACAUUUCCAGUAUAAAGGGACAGUUUCAAGCCAGAGAACAGGAGCUUAUCACUAAAAUUAAACUGAAGGAUAAGGACUUAGAACUGGCUACAGCUCAAAUAAAGGAGUUAAGUGACAGAUUACGCCAAUUAGACAUCAGAUCCAGGGAGUGUCAGGAGAGAGAGCUGGACUCAGUUAAUCAGACAAAUCACUGGAAGGAUCAGUAUAUAAAGAUGAAAAAUAAUCUGAAGGAAUCUAGUGAUGUUUUAAAGAAAAAAGAUGAGGAGUUACAAAAUCAGAUGACAAUAACUGACCAAACUAAACAAGUGCUAGGAAAGUUACAGGAGGAGUAUAACAGUAGAGAGAAAUGUAAAGACCAGUUGAUUGAAUCUCUAAAAUCAAAACAGACAAGAACAGAUUCACAGUUAAAGCAACUAAGAGAGUUGUUUGAGAGACAGCAGAGGGAAUUGACUCUGUUACAGUUGAAUUUGGAAAGUUCAAAAGAAGUUAUACAUAAGCAGCAAAGUAGUUUAGAUGAAAUGAGUGCUUCUAGAAGUUGUUUCUCUUGUAGUAAAUCAUUCAGUCGAAUAACUGCAGAUUUAUCUCCACAACAAACUUUUGCAGAAUCCAUAAAGCAAAAACGAUCACUUUCUCCCUCAAUACACUACUCAGAAAAAUAUAAAACUCCACAGUCUGAACAAAAGCCCAUGUUAUCAGACAUUGAAUUAUAUGGACCAUCAAAAGAAAGUAUAAAUGACCAAGAUGAUCUGAUGAUAUAUGAUGAAAGGGAGACAAUUCAAGAGGGUGAAAAUAGGGAAAAUAAUAUUAAAGCAAGAUUUGAUCAACAUUUGCGUAAUUUAAGUGGUGAAGGACCAAUAGAUGAUCAGUAUGUUCAGGAUAAACAGGAUUCUGGACAUUUUUAUGGUGCUAAGGAGAGUAGAAUAAGUAGUUUAACUAGGGACAGUGGUAUAAGUGGAACACACCAAGUUGACUUUACUGUUCAACAAAUGUCCUCAUCCAGGAGACAAAGAGUUUCUUUUGAAGAAAAGUUGUCCAAUUAUCUAGACGAUGAAGAUGAUGAAGACAAUAAUUUGAAUAAUAGCUUUAAUUUAGGAAGUCCAUAUAAAGAGGUGGAGGCCUCACCAUCCAGUAAGUUACAGAAGCUUUUAUUAGAAUCCCGACAGAUGAUAGCAGGUCUAGAGAAAACAGCAAAAGUUAGCAUUAGAGAGGAAGAAGAUAAGAAAAAUAGUGAAGAAAAAGAUGAGAUAAAAUAAGGAAAUUUUCAUAAUCCUGAACAUGAUUUGCAAAAAAAAUGCAGAGCACACCAGUUUACACAUUGCCAUUAGAACUUUCAAUAUCAAAAUACUAUGCAAGUUAUUCAAGCAUUAUUUGUUCUUGCUAAAGAAAAAUGAAGAAUUUAAUGCAGGGCAUCUUGAUUAUUGAUUACAAAUUUAUGUUUUUUUGGAGUUUAUUGGGAGUAUUUGUGUAUGUCAAAAUGAAGUCCCUUUGAAUUUACCUAUGUGACAUACAGUUGUACAUGUAUAACUGUGUGUCAUUUGUUUUUGGUGUGUUUUUUACUGAUCUAGCUAUGAUUAUAUAAUUUCUCUAAUUCUUACAAAAUUGAUCAUUUUGCUGACCUUUUGAUUAUUUAAAAACUCAUUCAGGGAAGCCAUAGAUAUAUUGGAAAUUUAAACAUGGCCUUGGCCGUGAUAUUGGAAUUUUAUCCUGAGCGUUAGCCAUGUGUAAAUUGUCAACACAUCUAUUGCUUCCAUGAAUUUUUUUGAUUCUAAUAGGACACAUAUCUUAUUUUAAAAACUGAAGGGUAGGUUUUUCAUGUGUGCGGCUGUUUUUAGGGGGAUAUUCAAUUUUUCAGACAAAAACUCAAAAAUAAUUUCACCAAUUUGCAAGAAACUUUGGUGAAUUGUUAAUUUCUAUCAGAGCUCCCUUUUGAUUUUUAUAAAUUUAAGACUAUACGUUUCCCCUUGAUGGGGUUACAUUUUUGUAUAUUCAUUACAAAAAGAGUGAUUUUCCAGUUUUAUGACAAUUACUCAAUAAAAAAUCCUGAUUCAGCAUUUUUUUAUGAAACUUAUUUAAAUUGUUUAUAUCUAUUUUAUGUAAGCACCUUUUUUGAUUUUUAUAAAAUUUUCAAUUUUACCUUUUUUCGAAUUAUAAGGUUUUAUUUGUUUAUAGUCUGACAACUGAUUUCACAAUCCAAAUUCAGACAGUUUCAAGCUUGAAUAGUGUGUCCAAAUUUACCCCCAACUGUUCAGGGUUCAACCUGUGUGGUUGAAUCAGGCUGCGCUUAGGAAAGUAUUUGUUUAUAAAUUUUAGAUUUUACUUUUCAGAGUUUACAUAAGUCAAAUUUAUAAAUUUUGGACACAUCAGUUUUAAGUGUCUUAAGACUCAGUAGAAAGUGUCCAUGCCAAUCUGUUAUGCUUGACUUCAUUUUCUUUUUUCUCUGAUCAAACUCUCCCCAAAUAUCCUUCUGUCAUUAUCAAUCAAACACAAGCUGUUUUGAUGGAGUUACUUGACGUUGAUCUCUAUUUAUCUUAAAUGAUCAACCUAAGCUUUAUGUUCAGUUGCAAUCUGUAAAAUGUAUGUUUGUUUUGUUUUUAGUAUCAUUGUGAGAUAUAUAUAAACAUGUCUUUAUAGCAAAUUCAGCUGAUAACAUCACUGUUUUAUAGAAUGUAUAUGUCAUUGGUCUAAUUACUUUGAGUGUUCAGUCAGUACAUUUUGUUUAAAAAAUUAUUGUUAGGUUAUUUUUUCAGCCUGUAAGGACCGAGAUACAUCAUCAUGAUAGCCCUUGUUUCAAUGGAUAUAACCAGAAUAUUUUUACUUUCAUAGAUUAUUGGAAGUGAUUAGAUUGAAUAGGGCAAUACUUUACGUCCAAUUGUUAGUUUAUUGUUAUAUUUUUAUUUAUUUACUUAUAAAAAAUAAAAUCAUUUUAAAGCAGAA